AUGAGAAGGAGGUUUGAAAGUGCUUAUAAUCCAAGAAAUCAAAUAGAUAAAAGGGAAUAUGCUUUGUAUUUAGAAAACCAAAUAAAACAAAAGGAGGAAAGAAAUAAAGAAGAUAGAAUUUUAGAUAAUGUCAAGGAUCAAUUCCUGUUCUAGUAAAUUUGCUUUGAUUAUUUAAGAUAACCAAGAUCAAGAUUCUAAAUUCAUUCAAUAUUGGACAAUUAAGAUUUAGAAAAAAGACAAAAGCUACAACAAUAAAAGUUGGAAUAGGAUAUUUAUAAUUAUAAUAAGAUGAUAGCUGAAGACAAAAAGCGAAUUAAAGAAUUAAGUAAAUCCUAGCAAAAUGAUAGUUUAAUUGUUCCAUUAAAAUUACCAAAAAUCUAAGCCUACUCUUAAGAACCUUAAACUAAUAAAAAUAUGAAUACUUAAGUGUUAAUUGUACCGAAUACUUUGUCAAAGUCUUUUGUUUUCAAUACUGAACAUUCUCACAUUCAACCUCGUCCAAUUUCAUCAUUGAAUCCAAUUGAUGAUAUAAAAAUAAGUCCGAGCAAAGUAUAAGAUUAAAUUGACUAAAAUUAAUUGGAGUAUCAAGAAUAGAAAUAAAAGGAGGAAAUUAAAAGAAGAAAUUAAGAGUUGGAAGCAAUAAGAAAAAAAAUGCAUGAUAAUUAUAUUACUACACGCAAUCAAAUAACUUCUCUUGUUGAGUUUAUUAAAUAUAAUUAGUAAUAGCAGAAUUAAUUUUUAGUUUUAUCUAGAUAAUUAAAUACUCUAAUGAAAUAAGAUUAAUUUUAACCAGCUUACCCAUUCUUAAAGGAAGAAUUAAAUAAAAAAAUGAAUAAUUAAUAUUUUCAUCAUAAUGAAUUUUUGGAAUAAGUUAAGGAUGAACUGUAAACAUCUUCAAAUUAUAUUUAAUUUCAAUAAAUUGGAAAGGUUUAAGAUCACGAAGAUCUAGUCUUUGAACUCUGA